AUGGCUACAAAGCUAGCCCCCGAGAUAAUAGUCCAAAUCUUGAAGUACUUCGAGACCGUGGAAGAAGUUGUGGUCUGCGCUUCAGCAUGCAGGCGGUUCCAUGAUGUGUGGUUGUGCCAUGCUCCCCAGAUAAUAUGGACUAUUGGGCCGAAGCAGAUCCUGGCGUUCGACGAUGCGUUGAUGGCGGUUCGAGCGACAGAAAUCGUGCUUGAAAGCUUCCAGAAAGAAGAGUUACCCCCUGACCCGUUCCCUUUUUCCACCUUGAGUGGUGCUGUUCGCAAGCCGUCGCUCAGAGAGUUCCAGCAGGUACGCGACUUCGAGCAUCUGGCCAAGUGCGCCGAACAGAUCUAUGUCGAAGACGAGGAAGCCUUGAAAGAUGAAAUACAACGUGGCCAGCCGGACGGCACCGCACUGUGGGUUCUAUGGCGAGAGCGAUUCCACAGUUCCAUCUACCGAGUCCUCCUGGCAGGCGCCGUUCUCUAUCGUGCAUACCAGGAACCGAUGUACAUGGCGGCGAAUUGGGAACUACCGAAUUUUCUGGACAAGUACGUUGAGGCAUUGGCAUCUGAUGAUAUGUCGAGCGAGCCAGUGGGUGGUGACGAGCUAGAUUAUCUCAUGACCUUUGCCCCCUACAAUCUUGGAGAGAGUGGAGGCAUUCAUAGUAGCUUCAAAAAUCUAGGAGAGUUUCUUGUUCAGCAAGGCAAGAAGCGUGCGCAACGGCAAAAGCUUCACACGCAAACCACAGCGAUCCUUCCCACUUUCGCAACACCCAACGGCCUUAGUGACUCAGAGGCGGCUGUUCUGUUCAUCGAAUUGGGUCAGCUGCUUUUUGCCUUGGAGCUUUUGGUUGGCAUUCAGGGCAGGCCACCGAUCAUCGUCAAUGGAAGCGGCUCCGAAGAACAUGGAAGGACAAGAUUUGCCCCCGAUCUUCUUCGCAAGCCUGCCAGAACGACUCCAGUUGUACUAUUCGGGACUUUUUUCCCGGAGUAUAUCUCAACUCCAGCAUUGGCAACCGAUGCAGUGGACUCUCACCUCGUCGCUACUCCUGUUUGUCGUUCAUCAGAGACAAGACCAGGGGCUGGGUUUCAGCAUAUCUACCUGUUCCUGUAUGAUCUGCACCGAAUGGCGGGCCGUGACAAUGAAUUCUCCUCUCAAAACCCUGCGCCGUAUCCUCACCAUCAAUUUUUUGAGUAUAUGUUCAGAGAGUACCUCGGUCUCCGGUUCGUUGACAGUGAGUUCGACUGUCAUUACGACGACUUCAGGGAGGAUGGCUUCAUCUUCGCAGAACGAGAUGCUCUUCUCAUGGUCGAGUUAGAUAUGGCAGCCCUACCUGCAUUAUUUGAGCCUGUAGCUUCAACUACUGGAAAAACAUGA